GCGCAGAGCCGCACCGUGCUGCAGGUGAGACGCCGGGGGGAGGUGAUGGAGUCUGUCCCCCGCUCGCUGCUCUCGCUGGCCGUGCUGUGUGUGCUGGGGGCCGUGCUGCUGGCCAGUGCCGGGAGCCUCCUCCUCAGCCUCAGCCUGCUGCCCCGCUCCGGCCCGCUCUCCUCCUCCCUCUCCGCCGCUACCCGGAGCCCGCUCCUGCCCGCCGUGCUGCUGCUGCUCCUGCCGCUGGGGCUGUGGGGGUGGCGGCUGCUGAGCCGGCCGCUAGUCAUCCUCCGGAGCCCGGACGAGGUGGGCUACAUCCCGGUGCGGGGCCGGAGCCGGGCGGACACCGCUAACCUGGUGCGCAGGCGGAGGAAGAAGGGCGACCUGCCCCCGGUCUACCCCAACGGCUGGUACCAUGUGCUGGACUCCCAGCUGCUGCUGCCCGGGGCCGUGCACAACCUCACUGUCUGCGGUGAACAGGUGGCGGUGUACCGUACCCAGGAGGGUAAGGUGUAUGUCGUGGAUGCCUACUGCCCUCACUUGGGUGCCAACCUUGCAGUAGGAGGUCAAGUGGUCGGUGACUGCAUAGAGUGCCCAUUCCAUGGGUGGCAGUUCCAUGGCAAGGAUGGAAAGUGUGCCAGGAUACCAUAUGCUGAAAAAGUGCCGGAGUUUGCCAAGAUUAAAGCCUGGCCUUGCUGCGAGAUAAAUGAGACGGUGUUCGUGUGGUACCACUGUGACCACAUCGAGCCUACUUGGCAUGUUCCAGAGCAAGAAGAGAUCACGGCUGAAAAGUGGGUGUACAGGGGCCGUACAGAGCAUUAUGUGAACGCUCACAUUGAGGAAAUCCCUGAGAAUGCAGCGGAUAUAGCGCACCUUCGUUUCCUGCAUGAACCCGGCAUCCUAAGCGGCGUGGACCUGCGCUAUACAAAGUCCCGGAUCUGGGAUUUUUUCAAGCACACUUGGAAGGUCCAGUGGGAGUCCGAGCCAGCCCCCAACAAGCACUGUUCCCAGAUGAUACUCCAGCACAGCUCUUUGAUUUUCGGGAAGCACUACUCCAUCCUUGAUCUGGAUGUUGUGGCCCGCCAGGUCGGCCCUGGAAUUGUGUUCCUCAACUUUAAACACGCCUUCCUGGGCUCUGGAGUGAUUGUGCACUGCGUGACACCGGUAGAGCCUCUGCUGCAGAAAGUCUCCCACGCCAUGUAUUACCAGAGAAAUAUUCCUGCCUUCAUCCCCAAGUUUAUUCUCCGAGCGGAAUGCAUCCAGUUUGAACGGGAUGUGAUGGUCUGGAACAAUAAGAAAUACAUUUCUAAGCCGCUGUUGGUCAAGGAGGAUGCAGCUAUUCAGAAGCAUCGGCGCUGGUUUUCCCAGUUUUACAGCGAGAACAGCCCCCAGCUCUCAUUCCAUGAGGACAGGUUGGACUGGUGAAGACGCUUGUUACUGAUUUACUGGCCGAAGAUGUUUGCUCAGCAAAACCUUUUAUACCAAAGACGUUUGAGAAUUUUGUAACUUAAUGACCUGUAUGUAAUUAUGUGAAAUAUUUAUUUUUUUACAGAUAAUAUAUGUCUGAUUCUAAAUCACUAAUAAGUGCCUGUUUUUGGGCCUUGUGGCUUGCUGUAGGGCUCAACAGACCAUUUGGGACUUCUGCAUGAAGAGUGGGGCAGCAGCGCGGUGAGGUUGCUGUAGCUGUUGGAUCCAAGUUUAAUACUAAGCUACAUGUCCAUUGAUGGACGUCGUUGUCUGGACUUCACGGUGUGCGCUUGUAUUAUCCCACAUAUAGUGACCUGGGGAAGCCACGCCCAUGGACACAGGUGGCCUAACACCACUGCUUCCUCAGGCAUUGGAGAGGCUUACGGCCUCUGUAAUGUGACCAUUGCCUGUAUAUGACUGCUUGGAGUGUACAGAUCUGAUAUCUAUAUUACAUGUCUUUUAUAAAUGUUUCUUAUGUACUUUUAUCUGCUGUUCAUUAAAUUUAUAGAUGUUAGUAUGGAAUACUAGGCCUUACUAUUCUAUACAUAAUGCUUAGCUAGCAUGUAUUAAAGUAACAAUCCUUUAAAAGGCAAAACAAAAGUUGACUUUGCCUUUUUUAAAUGAUUGCUUCCUUUUAACCACUUAACUGGCAUGGUCAGACUAAAUGCAACUGUGCUGGCUUUUGACAAGGAGAUCCGUUAGACAGAUGUGCAUAAUAUAAUGUUUAAAUAUUUAAAAACACUUUUUCAACUUUAUUAAAUAACAUUGUUUUUUAAAACUUAUUUUAACACUUUUGAAGGGAAAAAUCGUCAGUUAAGUGGCUAAAACAGUGAGUGGACUUCCUGUGACACUGCAGGUUGCUGGCUAUUACAUUUACCCAAUUCUGUUUGGGCCAGAACACUGAAACUGGGAAUGUCCUGCCAUAAACUGGGACCAGUGUGAGGUAAGCUUUUAUGGGAACUGGAAAAGAUGAUGGUGCACCUCUCCUUUUACCACUGGGGGGCAGAGAUCAGUGGUUCUGUCAUUGAUGGUAGAAACACCAUCCCCAGUAUUUUUCUUUUCUGUGAUAGGACAUGGAAUCUAGCCCUGCCCUUAUUGUUCUGGUGAGUAAUAGUACAGGGAUGAUUAUUGGUGGUGCACCUGUUAAUGGUUUUGUACCAUCGAGGUUAAACCACUGAUAACCAUCCCAAUGCCCCCUAACCAGAAGCCAGUGCUACAGCUAAAUGGAAUGUUUUUUAUUUAUUUUUUUUAAUUAUGAAGUCUUUAAAGGUUUCACAUAUGUAAUCCAUAUCUUCACCAUGCAUACAAUGUUCAGUAAUUGUAAAAAUAAGCUACAGCUGAUUUCUUUUAACACGAUUGACUAGCAUUUUAUUAAAUCUUGUACCCUGAAAAAUGACAACUAGUUGCUGGUCUAAAUUUGGAUGUUGUACUUAAGGGUUGUAGAGUGACCUUGUUCACUAAAAGUUCUGGUGCAGGAAACCCCAUCUUGUAUUAUAAUGGGGUGGUAUGACCAGGUUCUGGGCAGGGGACCUAAUGAUUGUGGAAUGACUGCAAAAUCUAGUGGCAAUGUAUCCAAAGUACAGGAUCCUACUUGCUGCCCAGCCCAUCUAGUGUUCUCCAGUAGCUGAAGGCCACUACUACCACCCCAGCGGUCUUCAAAAUGAUUGUCAUCUUGCCUCCAAAUAAAACAGAAUUGUGAAAUUUUGUAGAACUGUUCCUCUUUACUACUGGCAGUCAAUGAUCAGGUGCGCUCAUAAAUUAUUUAUUGGGUUUCCAUAUAGUCUCUUGUGUAUAGAACCAUAUGUCAUCAUGUUGGAAGACAGAAGCUUGGUUUUCCCAUGGGAAACCCUUCACAUAGAUAGCACCAGCACAGUGGCUGACCAUUACCCCUGGCUAAUUCUCUCCUCACAGCAGUCUAAUAUUGUUUUUGUGACUUGAUUUUAUAGUGUUGUGAUGCAGAUUAAUAUUCCAAACUAACACAAACACAUUCACCCAAUGUUAUUUAAUAAACUUUCUCUGUUGUCCAGCCUUGCCCAGGACAGUUUUGAAUUAAAUAAGAUAAUUAUACCCAAUAA